CCUCAUCCCACUGUUGGCAUGGUGAUCAAACUGUCAUUUCCUCAUGUCAUUCGAGAGCUUCAUCUAGAGGAGAGAAGUAUCCCAGAAGGCACCACAGCACACGCGAAGAAAUCACGGUGCAUCAGGAAGACACGGCGUAAUGAGUUCUGAACAUCAGAAGUCACAAUGGAGAUGACUCUAUUGUUUAUCACAGUGUGGUUCACUCAGUUCCUCAUCGUCUCGGCUCUUAAUUUCAGCACACAGCCAACAUACACCCCAAGUGACUUCAUAGAUACCACACAAAUAACUUCAGAAACAACAAAAACAUACCCAGAACCAAAUACCCUUAUUUAUGCAACACCUUCGUCACCUCUGACUGCAACAACGCAUAUAACCAUAACCAAUUUGCCCAGUGUAGUGCAAACACAGACAAAUAUAACCCCAAAUGUGACACCCACACAGGAAACAGCAUCCCUCCAACAACUGAACAGCAGUUCUCCAUCUCAACAUGACAUGAUGGAUAAUGGCGAGAACGUAACCAAUGUUAGUAAUGUGACUAUGAGUGAUGCGAAUACAAGUCAUACAACAGUUUCCACUAACUUCGCAACACUGACGCCACAGAAGAAUGACAGCAAUGAGACAGGAACAACGCCAAGUGUGAGUUACAACUCUGACAGGAGCACCGUUCAGACUACAGACACUUCUUCAGACCCAGUCGACAGUGUCUCAACAGUUCCUUGGAGAUAUUCCACAGAGAAAGAGGAUGAGCGAAAGAACGCCGAUGAAGGAAAUUAUGAAACUAACUCCACCCUGGCCACAUUUACAAAUAUGACAGAGGAGUCGCGAGGAACACGAGGCACUGAGGGAAGUUACACGUUCUCAAGUGAACACAGCAAGGCACAUUAUGACACAACAGCGAAUACAAUCAAUGUCAGUGAUACAACAGCAACAGUGACUAACAACUGGUCAACUCCGCAAAAAACAGAUAUUCCCACGACCACACCGUCUUACACAACAGCACAAGGUUACCCCAUGGUUACAGAUGCGCCUGAAGACCACACCUCAACAGCUGGAGACUCCCUCUCACUCAACUCAACUCAUCUCAAGAUCAACUCAACUCACUCUACGACACAGGGGAAUAUAUACAGGUUCACAAACCCCACAGAAACCACAAGAAGAGAAAACCGGACAGAACCAGACACACCCAGUGGUACCGCCACCAACAUCAACGUCUCUUUCACAACUGACAACAGCCUGAAUGCCACAAACUACAGUGCAAACACAAAUGACACAGAAAACAAAGUGAGGCCUCCAUGUUUGAACCCAAAACAAGAAAACCAUUCUUGGCCAUCCAAGCUGGUCUGUUUCCUCAUAUUGUGGACUUUAGCAAUGACCGCCUCCAUAUUUCUAGGAAUUACUAUUUUUCUUUGGGUGCGUCUGUCGGUCUCCAAAAAAAAGAUGAAGCGGCGAGUAAAAGGAGGUCAGACGUGUGAGAAGAAGAGUCUAUGGGCCGACCCCAAAGCUUCUGUUCAGGACAGAGUGGAGUUCUGGUACGUCAAUGGAUCCACGCUGGAGGCCGACAGGAAGGACAGGAGGAGGAGGGGGACGAGAGGACGGGAACAGGAUACUGAGGAGAACAGCUUGUGGAUUCAGCCUAGAGUCACUGUGGAAGACAUAACUGAGUUCUGGUACGCAAACAGACGCACGAAGGAGGAGAGGACAGAGGACACGUAGAUACAAACUUUGAAAGGCUUCAGAGGAAUCUAUUUGGACAGCUAUGCCUUCAGGCUUAUGUCUAAAACACAAGGGGAUUUUGAUGGAGCCUUUGUUUGAGUUACUAAAAAAGUCUGAAUAAGAAGUCCGAAUGAUGUGUUUGUGAUCCUACAUGCACCUUUAAUCGUCAGGAAUUUGUGUUCAGCUGUGCCCAAAAGAUAAAACAAUAAAUAAAAAUGAAAAAGACCAACUAUUUGAACUAUUGCAUAAUAGACAAAGCUGACAUUAAAUGAUGAAUGAAACAGGAAGAGCUUAUGCUGCCAUCACAUGCUAUUGGAAUUAUCCUAAAUGUGUGUUUCCCAAGCAGAAACGGGACAUUAAUGGCCUAAGUCAUAUUUAGAUCAUUGUGAUACACAAGUUUCUGAGUUGGGUGGGCCAUGAGCUUUAAACGUGAUGGAGGAGAGAACCAUCGAUAGUGACUGUUAAGGUUUAUUUGUUUUUCCCAGAACAUUUGCAUUGCUUAUUCUUACCGUUAAACUUAUGUAUGUUUAAGUACAUAAGUAACCAUUUGAUGCAUAUUGCCUAUAGCAAUGUUUUUUUUUUUGACCAACGAGAUGACUAUAUAGAUAGCACGGUGAUUAUGUACAAUAGUGUGGGUAAUGUUUAUAUCCUUGCAAAUAAAUGGGAUGCUAUAUUUUAUUAAAAAAUCUUUUAGAUAUUGACUAAAUGUCUUCUAUACAUUUUGGCUCCAGUAAAAUCCUCAAGAAAUGGCCAAGAA